UGGCAUGCAUAGGUAGCUACUCACUAGCAUUUUAGUUCCCACCAUUCGUAUCCCUUCCUCUGAUGAAGACUCUCCCUCAAACACCAGGGAAAACCAUCCCAGAUGCUUGCGACUACAAAGGUCACCCAGCAGAGAGGUCCAAAACCGGUGGUUGGACUGCUGCGGCCAUGAUUUUAGGAGUGGAAGCAUGUGAGAGGUUAACGACAAUGGGUGUUGCCGUGAAUUUGGUGACAUAUUUGACGGGUACGAUGCAUUUGGGCAGUGCUAAUUCUGCCAACACGGUCACCAACUUCAUGGGAACCUCUUUCAUGCUCUGUUUGUUCGGUGGUUUUGUAGCUGACACUUUUAUCGGCAGAUACCUCACUAUUGCCAUCUUCGCGACUGUUCAAGCCACUGGUGUGACAAUAUUAACAAUAUCAACCAUAAUCCCAAGCCUGCACCCUCCAAAAUGCAUAAGAGACGCGACCAGACGCUGCAUGCCAGCAAACAACAUGCAGCUGAUGGUUCUCUACAUAGCUUUAUACACGACGUCCCUCGGCAUUGGAGGCUUGAAAUCCAGCGUCUCAGGCUUCGGCACGGACCAGUUCGACGAGUCGGACAAGGGAGAGAAGAAGCAGAUGCUGAAAUUCUUCAACUGGUUCGUGUUCUUCAUAAGCUUGGGGACACUAACUGCAGUGACGGUUCUCGUGUACAUUCAGGAUCAUAUAGGGAGGUACUGGGGCUACGGGAUAAGUGUGUGUGCUAUGCUGGUGGCUCUUCUGGUGUUGUUGUCGGGCACCAGGAGGUACCGCUACAAGAGACUGGUGGGAAGUCCCUUGGCGCAGAUCGCGAUGGUGUUUGUGGCGGCUUGGAGGAAGAGGCACUUGGAAUUUCCCUCUGAUUCUUCAUUGUUGUUCAACUUGGAUGAUGUGGCUGAUGAAACUCUCAGGAAGAACAAGCAGAUGUUGCCCCAUAGCAAGCAGUUCCGCUUCUUGGACAAGGCAGCGAUCAAGGACCCAAAAACGGACGGCGAAGAAAUCACGAUGGAGAGGAAGUGGUACCUCUCAACCCUAACCGACGUGGAAGAGGUCAAAAUGGUGCAAAGAAUGCUCCCCGUGUGGGCCACCACCAUCAUGUUCUGGACAGUCUACGCCCAAAUGACCACAUUCUCAGUCCAACAAGCCACCACCAUGGACCGCCGCAUAAUCGGAAACUCCUUCCAAAUCCCCGCCGCGUCGCUCACCGUCUUCUUCGUCGGAAGCGUCCUCCUAACGGUCCCCGUCUACGACCGCGUCAUCACCCCCAUAGCUAAGAAACUCUCACACAACCCACAAGGGCUCACCCCUUUGCAACGCAUUGGGGUAGGGUUAGUGUUCUCAAUCUUAGCCAUGGUGUCAGCAGCACUUAUCGAAAUAAAACGCCUAAGAAUGGCACGUGCGAACGGUUUGGCGCACAAACACAAUGCAGUGGUUCCCAUAAGCGUGUUCUGGCUUGUCCCACAGUUCUUCUUUGUGGGGUCGGGGGAGGCAUUUACGUACAUAGGGCAACUAGAUUUUUUCCUGAGGGAAUGUCCCAAAGGGAUGAAGACCAUGAGCACGGGCUUGUUCCUCAGCACGUUGUCGUUAGGGUUUUUUCUUAGCUCACUGUUGGUGACUUUGGUGCACAAAGCCACGCGCCACCGCGAACCGUGGCUCGCGGAUAAUCUUAACCAUGGGAAACUACAUUACUUCUACUGGCUAUUGGCUUUGUUGAGUGGUGUGAAUUUGGUGGCGUACUUGUUUUGUGCUAAGGGGUAUGUGUACAAGGACAAGAGGCUCGCUGAGGCAGGCAUUGAGUUGGAGGAAACAGACACUGCUUCCCAUGCUUAGGUUUUACAACUUUACUUUUGUAAGAAGAAAGAAGAAUGUGCUAUUAAUCUUUAUACUUUAUGUGACGUUGCUAA